AUGUCGGGCGAAGAAUCUUCCCAGCCGUCGCACGUCCCGGCGUGGAAGAAAUUAGGCCUGAAGCUCAAAUACGCCAAAGACCCCCUAGAAGAAGAAAAGAAAAAUACAGACAAGGGUGAAAAGAGGGAAAAGAAAGAAAAGAAGAAAGAUUCAAAGAAGAAGAAGAAGAGUGAUGCCGAACCCGAGCCAGAGGAUAGGAAGUCGCGCAAGAACAAAAAACGACGACAUGACGAUGAUAACGAUGAGCGGGACGAGAAAGAACACCCUGCAACUGAGGAGCAAGAGGAUGAGUCCCGCAGAAAGAAGAAGAAGAAGGUUUCUUUCUCGACUGAGGUAGAGGAGAAGGAGGUGCCUGGUCGUGAUGCUCAGAGUGAUGUCGAUAUGGAUGCCGAUGCUGAUGCCGAGGAUGGAGGGAGGAAGCAGAAGAAGCAGAAGGAGAAAAAGAAGAAGAAGAAGGAUCAGUCGACGGCUGGCGAUUCAGCGAGUGAUGCGUCCCCGAAGAUUCAUGAAACUCCUAUUCUCUCCUACCUGAGUCUUUACUACAAAUAUCGGUCAGCGUGGAAGUUUCAGAAGAACCGUGAAACACAUCUUUUUAAACAUGCUCUUUCGUUGGAACAAGUGCCAACCCAAUACAACGCUGCUCUACUUGUGUAUCUUCAGGGCUUGAAGAGUGAAGGUGCUAAGCAGCGGUUACGUGAGAUUGCUGAGGAAGCUGUGAAGGCAGAGAUCGAGGAGGGUUCAUCCGAUAAUAAGGAAGAAAGCACCGCGGACGAGUCUGUGGAACAUGUGCCGUCUGAGAAGGAGAAUUAUGACAGCGCUCUUGGCGCUUUCAGGGAGUGUUUGUCCCAAGGCAAACAAGAUGAGCUGAAUACGACUGGAUCUACGGAAAAGCUGGACGACGAUGCGUUGAAGAAGCUUGAAAUGAGACAGCGAGCGGAGCUCGUCUUGUAUGCAGUCAAUGGCAGGCUCUUCAACUUCCAGAAGCCAAAGUCUCCUGCACAGAAAGGCAAGGGCGCGAAGAACCAGAACCAAGCAAAUAAGAAGAAGAAGAAGAAGAACCGGACUGCUAUUGUGGAAAUAUCAAGCAGCAGUGAAAGUGAUAGCGACAGCGACAGCGACGAUGAUGCUGCAGCUAGCAAAAAGGAGAACGUGAAACCCAGGGAUUCGUCUUCUGAUUCGAGCAGAAGCGCAUACGACAGACAUAUUACAAUCUUCUCGGACCAAGGUCGUCUGUAUCAAGUCGAAUAUGCCUUUAAAGCCAUCACUUCGGCUAACAUAACCUCGUUGGGUGUGAGGGGAAAGAACUGCGCCGUGGUGUUGUCUCAGAAGAAAGUUGCUGAUAAACUGAUCGAUCCAUCCUCCGUUUCACAUAUCUUCCGGCUCUCUCCCUCUGUUGGUUGUGUGAUGACCGGUUCCAUAGCGGAUGCUAGGGCUUCCGUUGACCGUGCUCGUGGAGAGGCGGCGGAAUUCCGAUACAAAUACGGUUACGAAAUGCCCUGUGAUGUUCUUGCGAAGCGACUUGCCAAUAUCAAUCAGGUCUACACACAGAGGGCUUACAUGCGCCCGUUAGGAGUCGCUAUGACCCUGAUCUCUGUCGACUCAGAGAAUGGCCCACAGGUCUACAAAUGCGACCCCGCAGGCUACUACGUCGGAUACAAGGCCACCGCAUCUGGUCCGAAACAGCAGGAGGCGAUCACUUACCUGGAAAAGAAGCUGAAGAACAAGGAUUACGCCGAGGGCAGUUGGGAGGACGUUGUCGAAUUGGGAAUCACAGCCUUGAGCAAUGUGCUUAGCGUUGAUUUCAAGAAGCACGAAUUGGAGAUUGGAAUCGUUGGCGGCCCUCGGACGGAUGGUCAAGAGGGCACAGAUGUCAAUUUCCGGGCUCUGACGGAGGAUGAGAUUGAUGAACGGCUGCAGGCUAUUGCCGAAAAGGACUGAAUGUCGAACGUAUGAACAUGCAUGUUGCUAGACGCGAAUGAUAUUUAAUAGCAUAACUCCGACCAUGGUUGUUACGAUGGGUAUCCUUCUCCUGGUGAUAUAGUCGAAGGACCCUUGCUGCCAGGGCAGACAAACGGUAGACGGACGACAAUGAUUCGUCUGUACUUCUCCAGGUUUGUUUGUGGCAACGUGCAGAUGAAAGUAGUUUUGACAUUGACGAUGUGAUGGGUUCGAGCAGCCUGCAAGCUUCCUGUGUCCCCACGGGAUGAUGAGACGUGACAAUCUGCAAGGAGUGCAGUUAUUGGGUGCUAUGCAAUUGCGAAGCAACGUCGGAGGGAAUGAGCGAGGAUACCGAAAGUAGAGUGGAUAGCUGUCUCGCAUGCGUUGGGGGCAAUAUCUUGACGUAGUCUAUUGUGGAUCGCAGAUAUUCGCCACCAGAGCCGAGCAGGUUGGGCAGACGUGACAGUCAUGAUGAUCCUGAGCGAGAGGGAUUUCCGCCUGAGGCUGUCAAUCCAUUGCUUUUUGAUG